AUGGUCCCACUAUGUUCGUUGUUUAUUCCUGCUGUCCCGUUGCCCUCGUUUUCACUUACCCUCGUUCUUGCUGAUGAAAAGGUGCCCAAAAGAAACGCAGGUAUUGACUGGAAGGUAAGAGUUCACGGUGGUUACUCAAUGGAGAUCGCAACAGCGAGCUCGUCAGAGGCGUUGUGCAUGUGGUCGCCGGCGGUGAUUUCCCUUCUUCUUCUUUUCUCUUUUUGUUCUUCACCGGGAUUCAAUGGUGUAGUGGAAAUCGGAGCAAUGACUUCUGAUGACGUCCAUUUUUUGGGGAUGCUUCGCUAA